UUGAUGGACUGCUUAUUAUCUUAAACUCCUAUACAUUAUGCUCCCUAAUUAAGUCAGAGCUCCCAUUCUUGCUCACAAUUUUAACUCUUAAAUCUCCUCUAAAUUCAUAGAAUUUAAACUUGAGGACAAAAAAUGGCAGUUGGUAUUGCCUCAGUAAGUGAGAAUUCUGAGAAUUACAAUGGCAGGAUUACAUGGUUUGUGGUGUUAUCAUCCAUGGUAGCUGCCACUGGAGGAAUCAUCUUCGGCUAUGAUAUCGGAAUUUCAGGUGGAGUUAUCUCGAUGGUGCCGUUUCUGAAGAAAUUUUUCCCAGAUGUGUACACUAAGAUGACAGAAGUUGCCGAAAUAAGCAACUACUGUAAAUUUGACAGCCAACUUCUGACCUCUUUCACCUCCUCACUCUACAUUGCUGGCCUUAUUGCUUCCUUCUUUGCCUCACCAGUCACUCGCACAUAUGGCCGUAGACCAUCAAUUAUAGUCGGUGGAGUAGCAUUUCUCAUCGGUUCUGCCCUUGGAGGUGCAGCAUCCAAUAUCUACAUGCUAAUACUUGGUCGCGUCCUGCUAGGUGUAGGAGUUGGUUUUGCAAAUCAGGCAGUCCCUUUAUACCUCUCAGAAAUGGCACCUCCCAAGUACCGGGGAUCUUUCAAUAUCGCGUUCCAAUUUUGUGUAGGGAUUGGGGUUCUAUUAGCUAGCCUUCUUAACUACGGCGUUGAAAAGAUCAAAGGUGGUUGGGGAUGGAGAAUUUCCUUGGCAAUGGCUGCAGCUCCUGCAACAUUUCUAACAGUAGGAGCACUUUUUCUCCCAGAAACCGCAAACAGCCUAAUUCAGCAUGGCAAUGAUCAUCAAAAAGCUAAGCAUAUUUUACAACGCGUACGAGGUACAACCGAUGUUCAAGCAGAACUAGACGAUCUCAUCAAAGCAAGUGACAAGUCAAAAGCUGUCAAGCACCCUUUCAAGCAAAUUAUUAAACGGAUAUACAGGCCUCAACUUGUUAUGUCCAUAGCUAUACCAUUCUUCCAACAGGUGACGGGAAUCAACGUUAUCUCCUUCUACGCUCCAAUUCUCUUCCAAACGAUAGGCCUAGGCGCGAGUGCAUCCCUUUUGUCAGCUGUGGUGACAGGGCUGGUGGGGACCAGCGCGACUUUCUUAGCGUUGUUGAUAGUUGACAAGGUCGGGCGAAGAGCUAUGUUCAGUUUCGGGGGAAUCGUUAUGUUUGUAUCACAAAUGUUGAUAGGGGGAAUAAUGGCAGCUAAGUUAGGAGAUCAAGGGGUGUUGAGCAAGGGGUAUGGGUUAUUGGUUUUAGUCUUGGUGUGCAUUUAUGUUGCAGGUUUUAGUUUGUCUUGGGGUCCUUUAGGAUGGUUAGUUCCAAGUGAAAUAUUUCCAUUAGAAAUAAGGUCAGCAGCACAAAGCAUAACAGUAGCUGUUGGUUUAAUCUUCACUUUCAUAAUUGCUCAGACUUUCUUGGUUAUGCUUUGUCAUCUCAAAUCUGGGAUUUUUUUCUUCUUUGGGGGGUGGGUUGCAAUUAUGACUGGAUUUGUCUACUUGUUAUUGCCAGAGACAAGGAAUUUGCCAAUUGAAAGUAUGGAAAAAAUCUGGAUAGACCACUGGUUUUGGAAGAGAUUUGUUAAUGAUGAACAAGACUAGGAGAAGGGUGAGAAUUAAGCUAUUGCCACUGAUUUGGUUAUCAAGCAAUUCCAAUAUAAUACAGUAGUGCAAGUUUAACAUACUUCCGGUUGGAUAUGAAGUAAGUUUUGGUUUGUAAUUCGAAAAAGAUUACAGUUCAAUACUCCUGCAUCUAGAGGAAUUCUACUUUGUUAGUUUGAUCUUUUCUAGUCUUUCUGUCAAUGUACUCAACAGUAGAGUGGCACCAAUUAUUUUCACAUUCAUGAAAAAUGGAUAAUUUUAUAUUUAUGCAACA